CCGCGCCCCUCCCCUCACAUGACCGGUGGCGAGGCUCUUGCCGUGCCUGCCUCCCUCGCUUGCCCCUCGGUAGAGCUCCUAGGCCGGCAACAUGGAGACGCGCCGGGGCCCUGCCGCCCUCCUCCCCCUCCUCCCCCUGCUGCUGCUGCUGGGCGCCUCCGGGUUUCUCCAGUCCUAUGCAGUGGAAGUAGAUGUAAAGGAUGCCUCUAACGUUACGUGCUUGUAUGCACAAUGGAUGAUGAAAUUCUUGAUAAAAUAUGAAACAAACAGUAGUGAUUAUAAAAAUGCAAGUUUGGAUUUGCCAUCUACCGUGACACACGAUGGAAGUGUCUGUGGCAAUGACACACAAGCUGCACUUCUGGCAGUACAGUUUGGAGGUGGUCACUCUUGGAGUGUUAACUUUACAGAAACUAAUGAAACUUACCAGGCUGACUUUAUCGUGUUUACCUACAACACCAAUGAUGCUGCUGUAUUUCCUGAUGCUAAAAGAAAAGGACUGGUUACAGUUGUUGUAAAGGAUUCUAUGCAUCCAAUUCAACUAAAUAAUGUCUUCGUGUGUCAUCAUACUACCUCUGUUGAAGCAGAAAAUGUAACGCAAUUUGUCUGGAAUAUUACUAUGCAGCCUUUUGUUCAGAAUGGCACAAUUGGUAAAACAGAGACUAGAUGUCAUGCUGAUACACCCACUGCUGCACCUACUGUUGUGCCUACUGCUGCCAAUGUAACUACCACAUCCACCACCACUUCAUCACCUGCUCCAACCACCGCUCCCAAACCUGUUGAGAAUCCAGUCACAGGAAACUAUUCUCUUAAAUCUGGAAAUAAAACUUGUCUUCUGGCUACUGUGGGGCUGCAGCUGAAUGUUUCCCAAGACAAGCCUCUUCUGAUCAACAUCAAUCCGAAAACAACUAGUACGGACGGGACAUGUGGGAACACAUCAGCUACUCUGAAACUGAACGAUGGAAACAGCACAUUAAUUGAUUUCACAUUCAUUGUUAAUGCAAGUGCAAGUGUACGAAAAUUUUAUCUGAAAGAGGUGAAUGUUACACUACUCAACCACCUGAAUGGUUCUGUCAUUUUAAAUGCAGAUAACAACAACUUCAGCAAGUGGGAUGCUUUCCUUGGUAAUUCCUACAUGUGUCGAAAAGAGCAAACUCUCGAGAUUAAUGAAGAUCUUCAAGUACAUACUUUUAAUCUAUGGGUUCAACCAUUCCUCGUGAAGGAAAACAAGUUUGCAAUAGCCCAGGAGUGCUCGCUGGAUGAUGACACCAUUCUAAUCCCAAUUGUAGUUGGUGCUGCACUUGCUGGCUUGAUUGUCAUUAUAGUGAUUGCUUAUAUAAUUGGCAGAAGAAAAAGCUAUGCUGGAUAUCAAACUUUGUGAAUCUAAAUGUAAUCACUGUUCUGAUUUCACUCUAAAUGAAGCAAGUGCAAGUCCAAAAAAGCCCCAAACCUUAGGACUAAGUGCUAGCCACGGCUAAUUGGAGUUGGGAAACAAAGGGAGAAUGUUUAUCCCAGAUGAAGCAGAACUACGUUCUUAGUUUUCCUGCUUUGGAGAAGACGACGUGGGUUUCAUAGCUGUUCUGAAGAUGUUCAGAUACCACUAUUGGAUACAUUGCUAGGCUGAGUAUUUUAUUUUGGAAGAAAAACCACUGAAGUGUUUAGGAUUCAUUUCCACUUUUUACAAAUUGUAGCCUGAAACUAGAACACCUUCCAAACUGAUGUGCAUUGGGCAGUUCCCAGGAUUGCAUAGGAUAUGUACUUGCUUCUCCCUUCUGUGUUCCUUACUUGUCAUAAUUGUCAGUUAAGUUGACAGCAUUAGUCACUAUGUUGACUCACGUAGUACUUACGGAUUGUAUGAUGCCCAGUAAUAACUUUGUUUUUCAUAGAGUUGAACUUCAGGCUGGUAAUUAAGUGGUGUUUUGAAGUGGCAGCAGUAACUUACUUAGCUUUGAUGGAGUUUGAGUAGUUUACUCCUGCCUUGGUGGUUUCAGGAACCAUUCCCAUACCCUGGCUAUACAAACAAUGUGGGUAACGUAUGCUUGCCAGGUGGUUGAUGUGUUGGAAGAUUUCAGUGCAGUUUCCAAAUGCGUUCCAAAAAUAAAAAAAAUAUUCUGUUAGGCACUGAAUUCUUCAUCAAUUCUUCAUCAGUUUUAUACCUUGCCAAUCUCCUGAAAUAAUUCAACUGAGGCAGAUUUCUGCUAAAAUCAUGCAGGCUUUUUUUUUUUUUUUUUUCCUGGAAUCAGUUUAUAGGGAAUAACUGGUCUAAAUAUUCCAGAACUUUAAAGUGCACUUAACUUUAUAUCAUACCUUGCACAGAACUGGUCUGUCUUGUUGCUUUGAAUUACCAUUGUUUAAAGAUGCUUUAAUUUAAUGAGCCAGUAUCUGUUGCUGCAACUUGAGCUGUCUUUAAAUCUUCAUCUUGAAUGGUUCUGUGCUAAUCAAAAUCCAUAUAACAAUUGUCUGCCUUUGGCAUCCUCAGUGUUUAAUGUACUUUGUGUUUGAUUGUUUGCUGUGUACCAUUUAUUACCGUUAAGAAUGCAAAAGCUAAACAAGUUUGAGAUAGACCAAUUACACCUAUUUUUCCUUGCUUUGUGGAAAGGCUAACUAGCUUAAAAAAUGCAGUGCAAAUGGACUGUUCUUAAGCUGCAGCUCUGUCAAGUCUAACCCUUGCUGCACUUUUUUUUUUCUGGCCUCCUUGUGCUGCAUUUUUUACUGCAUGGAAAAAAAACUAUUUUUCUAAAAUGUGUGACCUUUUUGCAUGUGUCAUAACAUGAGCUGCCUAAACUAGUCAUUUAAUGAGCAUAACGUCUCCUCUUUAGAAUGAGUUCAGCUUGCAUCAAAGCUGGUUUAGUGUUUUAUUAGUGUUUUCUAGGCUUGUAGAGAUGUCUGUGGCAUGUUUGUGUACAGAUUUUUUCUGAAAGUGUAUUUCAUAGACUUAUUUGAUGAAAACAGUUUUACCUUGACACUAGCUAAGGAAGCAAAAAUGGGUGGAUAAAGCUUACUAUAGCUUGUAGUCUGCAGCUUGAAUUUUGCAUCAGUUACUGCAUCAUUUCAAUGAAAGUGGGGAAAUACUAUCAGUUUAAUCUCAAAACAGGCUUCAAGACUUUACAUUUUAAUUAAAAACAAAAUCAAAUAGUGGAUCUAAUAACUUAAUCAUAUUAAUAUAUCAUUAAAUGCGGAAGUUCCUAUAGAUUUUUAGCAUUUUCCUGACUGAAGUUCAUUGUCACCAGUUAUACCUGCAUUUCUGUUAUGGAGUAGUCACCGCACUGUAUUCAUCUGAUCAUGUGCAUUUUUGAUCUCCGCACGAUUUCCAAGUGACAAAACAGAAGAUCAGUGCAAACUGCUCCUAAAAUCCAACAAAACUAAAUGCACCUUUGCAAAAACCUGGAGCUUGAUCUUUGUUUGCAACUAUACUGGCUGAGAGAUUAAAGUGCUCCUAGACUGAUGUGCAGAUAACUGGUUCAAAAAACAUCUAAGUUUCACCUGACUGCCUGUUGUUAUAAAACCACUAGUUUUCCUGUAUGUAUUGAUCCAUAGGGAAUUGUCAACCCUGCUCAACAUGUGCUCUAAAUAAUAAAGAUUGUUCUGUUUAUUAAGGAAACUUGUUCAUAUUUUUUAACCGAUUUGAAAACAGACAUCUUGUAUUACCUUUUUUAAAAGAAAAUAAAAUAAAGGAGUAAGGCCAACUUAA